AUCAAAUUCAUACUCACUAAAACAAUGUUCAUAAAUAAAAUACUAUUGAAUAUCUUGCAUAGGUGUAGAGAGCAAGAGAUUGAUUGAUUCAUCAAAAUGAUCACUUCCUUCAAUCCCUUCUCUCUUUCCAUCGUUUUCGUUUCCAUACUUAGCUUCCUCAACCUGACGACUCCGGCAACUGGCGCAAACGACCUAUUCCACUUCUGUGCAAACUCCACUUUCAGCGCCAAUAGCCUCUACCAAACUGGUAUAAACUCCCUCCUCUCUUCACUUUCCUCCAACGCCACACGCAACUUAGAAUUCUACAACACCACCACAAACCGAAACACCUCCAACCCUGUCUACGGCCUCUACCUCUGCCGUGGUGAUGUAACUUCUGAAGUCUGCAGAGGAUGCGUGGCCGAAGCAACCAAAGAUCUCACCACAAGGUGCUCCAGAGAAAAGAUUGCUGUGAUUUGGUACGGUGAAUGCAUGUUACGUUACUCAAAUGAGUCUAUUUUCUCUACUGUGAUCGUAAGGCCUAGAGUGGCCUUGUUGAACACGCAAAAUAUUACCAACCAGGACCAGUUGAAUAAGCUUGUGAACACCUCGAUGACCAGCUUGGCAAGAAAGGCCUCUGAUGUUCCAAUCGGUGUUAAGAAGUUUAGGACCGAAGAAGUGAAUAUCUCUGCUUUUCAAACGCUGUACAACCUUGUACAGUGCACACCGGACCUGUCCAGCACUGAUUGCAACCUGUGCCUUCAAACAGCUAUAAUCCGUCUUCCAAUAUGCUGUGGUGGAAAACAAGGAGCAAGAGUACUGCUUCCUAGUUGUAAUGUUAGGUACGAAUUGUACAGAUUUUACAAUACAACAGAGGCGCCAUCGCCAUCACCUGGGCUUCAAUCUCUACCACCUCCACCUUCUGUAAGUGGACAAGAAGGAAAAAGCAAACUGUCAACAGCAACGGUAGUCGCCAUAGUUGCUCCAAUUUUUAUUGUCGUGGUUCUAUUCAUUGUGGGCUGCUGUUUCCUAACAAGGAGAGGAAAGAAGAACAACAAUGUUGCAGAAGAAGCAGAUGCUGCAAAUGAUAUUACAACUGUAGAGUCCUUGCAAUUUGAUUUUGUUACAAUCGAAAGUGCCACAAACAAAUUCUCAGAGGAUAACAAGCUUGGUGAAGGUGGAUUUGGUCAGGUUUACAAGGGAACAUUUCCUAAUAGACAAGAGAUAGCUGUGAAGAGGCUAUCAAAAAGCUCUGGGCAGGGUGCAGAACAAUUUAAGAAUGAGGUUGUAGUGGUAGCCCAACUUCAACACAGAAAUUUAGCAAGGCUAUUGGGAUUUUGCUUGGAAGGAGAAGAAAAGAUACUCGUUUAUGAAUUUGUGCCCAACAAGAGUCUUGACUAUAUUCUAUACGACCCUAAGAAAAAAGGACUACUUGAUUGGUCAAGACGUUACAAGAUAAUUGACGGAAUUGCUCGAGGAAUUCAAUAUCUUCACCAAGAUUCUCGACUUCGAAUUAUACAUCGUGAUCUCAAAGCUAGCAAUAUAUUAUUAGAUGCAGAUAUGAACCCAAAAAUUUCAGAUUUUGGGAUGGCAAGGAUAUUUGGAGUUGAUCAAACUCAAGGAAACACAAGUAGAAUUGUGGGAACAUAUGGUUAUAUGUCUCCAGAGUACGCAAUGCAUGGUGAAUUCUCUGUGAAGUCAGAUGUGUAUAGCUUUGGUGUCUUGGUUCUAGAGAUUAUCAGUGGCAAGAAGAACAGUGAUUUCUAUGAAUCAGAAGGUGCUGAGGACCUCUUAAGCUAUGCUUGGAUACAUUGGAGGGAUGGUAGGCCCUUGGAAUUGUUGGAUCCAAUUUUGGGAGAUUCCUUUUCGAGAGAUGAAGUCAUGAGAUGCAUCCACAUGGGUUUAUUAUGUGUUCAGGAAGAUCCAGCCGAAAGACCCACCGUGGAGACAAUAGUUCUCACACUUAAUAGCGGCUCUGUUACGUUGCCAUCACCUCAACAGCCAGCAUUUUUUCUUAAAACAGACACAUACAUGCCAAGAAAGGGCCUGGAGUCUGAUCAAUCUACAAGACAGUCAAUACCAUUGUCUGUUAAUGAAGCAUCCAUUACUGAACUACAUCCUCGAUAAUUAUAGUUCCUGUUUUAUUAGUCUCUGUUUUACAAAGUGAGAAAACUAUAAAUUACAACUGCAUGUUACAUUUGCUUUCGAAAUCGAAACUUAAAUAUGUUAAAAGAGUUC